AUGACUAUCUUGUAUCAGACUAAGAUGUGCAAUUCAGAUCGAGAUGAGAUUGAUAGGAUACCAUCCAAGGAUAGAGCCACAAAUUGGGAUGUAGCAGGAUUUAUUUUCUCCAUCAUCAGUCAUUUACUUGAUAUACUUUUCGACUGUAACGUAGCCUAUAGAUACUAUGCUUAUAACGAUUUAGCAUACUUUUUUGCUACUUUGUCUUUCAUCAUCAUACCAGCCAUAAUAAAUACAAUAUUUAGUGUACGUAUGUAUGUUCUGGAUCGCGAAAAUGUUAACAGGGGAACGAAUCUUACCAAAAAAUUUACCAAAAAGGGAAUGUGUAUAAUAGUAGUGUUAUUGUUUCAAUUGGCUCCAAUUUUACGAUAUUUUGAUGCCUUAAAAUAUGCCUUAAAGUCAAAAAAGGCUGAGAAAAAUAAAGAUAUCGAGAAUCAAAGGAAAUACUAUGAAUUAAUGGUUAAAGAAGAUUCAGAUGUGGCAUUGUUAAGAGUAUUGGAAUGUUUUUUGGAAGCUGCUCCACAGCUGAUCCUCCAGUUGGCGAUUAUCUUUCAUAGUCAUGGUAAAGAAAUGGAAGAAAACACUUUUACACUCGUUCACCAACUUUUAUCCAUUGGUAGUUCAUUUGUCAGUAUGGCUUGGGCGAUGGCGUCUUACCAGAGACUUUUGAGAGUCGCUUUGAAAACUAAAAACAAUAUCUCUUGGCCUGGAACUAUUGUCCAGUUUAUGUGGCACUUUUUAGUUACCGUUUCCAGAAUUCUGUGCAUCAGCGUCAUAGCUUCCAUUUACCCCACAGAGACUAUAUUGAUAAUUAUUGGUCAUUGGUUUGUGAUGACUCUGUGGUUGGCAUGUACCAGCGCCAAAAAUAACUUCUGUGAUCAUAAUUCUCUGUACGACUUCCUUUUUUACUGUAUCCUAGGUGCGGUUUACAUAUUUACGCAUGUUGUAUUGGUUGAGGGCCCAACAUGUUGCAAGUACUUAAUCUUCUAUUGCGUAUUAUUCGCCGAGAAUACCAUCGCAAACGUUGUAUGGAUAGUAACAGCAGACGAAGAAUUGCGAGACAAAGUUUACUACUUGCCUAUUAUAUUAUUAAACGUUAUACCUUUCAUAUUCGGUAUCCUAUUUAUGUUGCUCUACUACAAAGUUUUUCAUCCUAGCCUGAGCGCGGGGUACAGCAGGCAGCAAAGUCAACUCGCGGUGGGGGUCGAGAGCUAG